UCCCGGACGGAAUUAUGUCAGAAUCCGAUGGAGUUGUUAUCGAAGAACUGGACGAAAUGCAGGUGGACCCUCAGGAGCUUUCGCAGUUCGUCGAAGCCAGUUCCAUUCCACUACCGGGAGAGCCCGGUGCUUCAAUCAUCAUUCCACCACAGCGCAAAUUACGGUCUUCGGUUGCUUCAACUUCUUCCGCACCCUCCGAAUCGGAAACAGACGACGAAAAUCCCCAACAAAAUGAGCUAUGGAUUAAGAAGUUCGUUAGUGGAGAAAUCAGCUACUCCGAAUAUCAGGCAAAAAUGCAUCAGCCUAAUGAGCUAGAACUGGAAGAUGAAGAGAUGGGAAUGCGGAGAAAAUCCACCCGGAAGUCGGUAGGAUUCGAAAAGGACUACACGUCGUCGAGAAGGGAUGCACUGAAGGGUAACUUGCAGGGUCCUCAGCAAGUGAAGGUAGAAGGAAAAACAUCCAUGAAGCGCCACAAACGUUGCCUGCCGCCGGCUUUACAGGGAUUGAUGGGUCAAGCCAAUUUAUGUUACGCUAGAGGCGACACAGAGAUGGCCAAGCAGCUAUGCUUGGAGAUUGUACGCCAGGUUCCGUUGGCCCAUGAGCCCUUCAUUACGCUUGCCCAAAUCUAUGAAACGGAAGACCCAGAAAAGUUUUUGCAAUUUUCAUUGAUUGCUGCCCACUUAAAUCCGUCCGACGUAGAACAGUGGGUGCGGAUCGCGGAAAUAUCAGAGGAACAGGGUAAUCUCGAUCAGGCACUCACUUGCUACGCUAAAGCCAUUAAAACCGAUUCGCGGAACUUCGACUUGCGAAUGAAACGUGUUCAAUUGCUUGAGAAAAAAGGCGAAGAGAAAUUGGCUUUUAAAUGUUACUUUGCGAUGCUUCCAUACAUUCCGAAGGAAAGGGGAGAGUUUUUAGUUGAAACAGCAAAACGGCUGGCGAAAAAGUUUCAUGAAGAGAAUAACGUGCUGGCUGCGCUGGAAGCAAUGGAGCGAGCCUAUGGUACUGUGCCGGAGCUGUUCAGUGUGGAAAAUAUCAAUCUCUUUUUGGAACUGUUAAUUUCGAACGGCAGCUACCGGCGAGCGCUAGAGGUGCUGAUGGUACACGCCAAUGUUGAGGUAGAAGAAAUUAUGAACGACGACCAGGAUACGCCUUCGAUUCAUAACGUUGUCAUCCCGGAAUCGAUGAUCUUGGACUUUCGAACAAAACUGGCGGUAGUGUUGGUGCAUCUGAAAUGUGAGCAUCUGCUGGAGAUGGUGGUGACCAACGUACUGUCCAAUAUAAACGUAGAGGAAGCUGGGGACUGCUAUCUGGAUAUUGCAGAAUCAUUAAUGAAGGAAGAUCAGUACCAUAUUGCACUGAAGCUGCUGGUUCCGCUGGUGAAUAGUGAAAACUUUUCGCUCGCAGCUGUCUGGUUGCGGUACGCCGAUUGUUUGCGAGCUAUUGGGGAUUAUGACGAAUCGAUUAACGCCUAUCGGAAGGUCGUAUCUCUUGCGCAACAUUUAGAUGCCCGACUCACGUUAUCGGCACUGCUCAAACAACAAGGCAACUACGAGGAAGCGCUCAAAGCUCUUGAACAGGAUCCUGAAAUGGAAAUACUGGAUGCAGAGCUGCUCUACGAGCGAUGCCUCAUGCUUAAAGAGGUGGGGAAAUAUGAAGAAUUCUUAUCAGCAGGAUUUAUGCUUCUGAUGCGGCAUUGCAUUCCAUUGAAAAGCCGCUCCGAAAUGGGAGCAGCGAUUUCCAUCGUUCGCUACGGUGAAAUGAUAAGGGGAAUUCAGGAAAUCAAGGUUUCACGGCAGGAGCCUUACGACGAAGCCAUGCCCGAAUUUUCGCGUUCGGAGAACGAGCCGUCUGUCGAAACCGAAUGGGAGCUUGUGCUUAACCUUUUGGAAAUAGCAGACUACAUGAAAGACUAUUCGUAUUUUCAAAAAUUAGUAUUCACGCUGUGCACAGCGAAACGUUUUCAAAGCAACCGACAAGAGCUUUUGUGUCUGGCACUUUUCGCUUGUAUUUACAAUCGCGAUCCGACUUACGCGUACAAUUUGAUUCGUGAACGCGUCAACAGAGAGUGUAAAAGCAACAAUCCUCAACUGUGGAAUCUGUUUAAUUUGGUAAUCUCCGUAACGGGAGAUAUUCGCUACAACCGAUAUCUGAUGCGACUAUUCGAGCGUGUGCCAACCAUAGACAUAAAUGUCCGAACAUUACAAGCAAACUAUCACCUAAAUGCGGGAACGUACAAAUAUGCUUUGAAUGACUACACUCAAAUCUAUAAGGAAACUGGAAAUCCUCUGCACGCAAUGCUGAUUGCGGUCACACUGACGCAGAUCGCCUGUCAGAAGUUUACGAUCAAGAAACAAGCCAUAGCCUCGCAAGCUAUUGGGUUCAUCGAGAAGUAUCGCAAGGGACGACCAAGCGAACUGUCGAACGAGGUUCAUUACAACAUAGGGCGAAUGUAUCACCAGCUGGGAAUGCACAGCCUAGCUGUUGAGCACUACAAGCGAGCCCUACAGUUCAGCAGUGAUCUGGUUCGACUGAAUGCGGAGCAUUUGGAUUUACGGGCGGAGAUUGCAUUCAAUCUGGCCUGCAUCUAUCGAAGCAAUGGUAACUACGAGCUAGCGCGUAAGUACUUGUACGACUACAUUGAAAUGUAG